AUGCAAACAAUACAACGAGGUCGUUUCUCAAGCUGGUAUCUUAUGGGCGAUGAGGCGGUUGCCAAAAAUAUAGCUGAAGCAUGUCGUGGAGACCUGGCGCGUCUAUUGGAAUUAUGCCGAGCUCUAUGCGAGAGGACGGAGCAUCAGAAUGCCAUCUAUCGUCUAGCACGAACUCUGGAGGGUAAGGCGACACAGGCACGACGAUGGCUCCUUGAACCCCGUGGCCCUCAGCGACAAGUUGGCUAUGAAGCAGCUAGGGCUCUUCUUGCUCAAGCUCAACAGAUCCUCCACACUGAAGCUGAGGAAGAAGGCCUUCAGAAUCUAGAAUUUGCGGAAUCAUGUAAACGACUUCGAACUCAAACAGAUCAACUGUACACUAUGUUGGAUAAACCGCUUGUUUCUGACUCACAGAGGACACGUGAACAGGAGUUGUCUUAUGAAGCUGUACAAACUCUGGAUGUAAUGUGGCAUAAUAUGCAACAUGGACUAGUUCGACAAGUUGCCGACUACUUUACAGACCUCAUCGGUCCCAUAAAAAAUCUUCAGGAAGCUACUUCCACCCUUCCUGUCGAUGAAACUGCUUACCAACAGGCGGCUGAUACCUUCCUUGAACAUUCGAGACGUGUGAAACGAACAGCAAGUCUGGCUGCAAACAAUUUAGUGGAUCCAUGGCGUGGAAGUGCUCUUCAAGCUCUCGCUUCUAACCUCGAGAGUGUUGGUAGUCAAGUGAGCAUGGCCGGUCGGGCCGUGAUGUCAGCACGACAAAAUGGCGCCUCCGCUCAGCUCCAAAACGCGGCUUCUGACCACUUUGAUUUAAUCAAAAAGCACUGGGCCGAUUGUGCUGAACGUACUCGCAAUUUGGUUGAUGAGGCGAUUGACGCUAAAGCCUUCAUUAAAGCUCAAGAAAGAGGUAUUCUGAGAGACACCGAUCAGAUUGAGGACAGUGUGGAUCAACACUGUCCCACCUCCGUUGUUAACGGUACUACAAGCAUUGCUCUGAGAGCCAACCGGGUGCUCCAAGUAGCUAUGCGAGAAACGGAAAACAGCGAAGAUCCCGUUUACGUAGAUCGCGUCAAUGAGGCCGUUCAGCGACUAAGAUCCACAAUCACUCCGAUGGUAGCUGACGCCAAAAAUAUGGUUCUCUCGAUGGAUGACCCGAAUGCUCGUGAACGUUGGCGCGCAUCCUCAAAGAACUUGGUUGACGCUGUGGCCAGUGUGGAGAAAGUAGUUUCACCAACUUUCCUCCAUCCAACACCAGUGGCUCCAACCUUCCGUCAUAAAAACAAUAAUAGAAACCACGUGAACAAUAAGACAUCACCCGCAGCAGUGGUUACUGAUGUUCCUGUGAUGGAAAUGCGGCAGCUAUACAUUCAAGGUGGUGCUUCCUCCAGUCAAAGUGAUGAUAACUCGCGUCCUCUUUCUCCUGAAACCGAUGCUGAAGAUGAAUUCAACUACCCACUACCUGAAGAGAAUCAACCAAUUCUGGCAGCAGCUCAUGCCCUCCACCAAGAAGCUCGUCUUUGGUCAAGUCGAGACAAUGAGUUGAUAGCCGCUACCAAACGAAUUGCCGCUCUUAUGGCCAAACUCAGUCAAAUAGUUCGUGGCGAAUAUGGUAACAAGAAGGAUCUGAUCAAUGUUUCCAUGGCAAUUGCUGAAGCCUCAAAAGAUGUCACCAGUUGUGCUCGUGCUCUUGGUAAAGAAUGUACCGACCGACGAAUGAAGACGAGCUUAUUCCAGUUGAGUGAACGCAUCCAAAUGAUUGGCAAUCAGUUGAAGAUUCUCUCAACCGUUAAAGCCACUAUGCUAGGCUCUGAAGGCGCUGACUUUGGCACAGCUUGUCUAGAUCCCAGUAAGCCUUGCUGUUGUGGUCUGGUGUUAAAGAAGGCUUUUGAAUAUCUAAUUGUUGUAUUCUAA